CCCGCGACCCGAAGGGUUUCUAACAAGCAAGAACGGAUCCGGGAAAUGGACUUUUCUGCCUGGUGCUCUCCCCCCUCUGCAAACGGGCCCAUUUAAAGCUUUUUUGAGGAGGGAGAUUGGAAAGGACCAAUUCUGUGCCUCAAAUGGCUGAUGUAAAUGCUGGAGGCUCCUUGAGAGCUGAAUGGCUUGAAAAUCAUCUCUGGGAUUCUCUGUGCAACUCCAUCGGAUCCCAAGACUGAAAACAGAUUGAAACAAAAAACAACCUUUGGAGACUCAAGAGCUCCACAGGGAUCCCUGUCAGUGAAGAAGCCGGAAAUGGAUGCCACCUACCCAGCCUGGGAAGGAGUUGCUGCUCAGCUUGGGAACUGUGGGGAGGUCUGGGCAGGACCAGGGCAGAAGAUCCUGGAGGAAGCCCUCAGUUCUGAGAUGCAACAUUGGCGCUUCAGGAACAGCCCCUUUCAGGAGGCCGAAGGACCACGAGAGCUUUGCAGCCGCCUUCACCGCCUUUGCUGGGGAUGGUUGCAGCCAGAGAAGCACAGCAAGGCUCAGAUAUUGGACCGGGUGAUCUUGGAGCAGUUUCUGGCCGUCCUGCCCAGGGAGAUACAACGCUGGGUGUGGGAGUGCCGAGCGGAGACCAGCUGCCAGGCGGUGGCCCUGGCCGAAGGUUUCCUGCUAAGCCAAGCGGAAGAGGGGGAGGAGCAGGAAGGGUAUCAGGUUCCAAGGCCUUUCCUGGAGAUUGGCAUCAACUGUCCUGAAGAAAAGGGGGAUCCUGCAAAUCCUUCUCACAGUCCAUGUCUCAGAAGGAUUUCCAAGGAGGAAGGUCAAUUCCAGGACACCUCAAUAGGGAACAAAGUGGAGUCACUGUUGUUCGUCGGUUCCUCUCCUUGUACUGGUGGAGCUGAUGGAUCUCCAGCUCAGGUUCCUGCGUCCUUUGAGAAGGUGGCUGUUAAUUUCACCAGUGAAGAGUGGUUGCUGCUUGAUCCCAGGCAGAAAGCCCUGCAUCAAGAAGUCAUGUUGGAAACGUCAAGGAUCGUGGCCUCUUUAGCAGUUGGUGAUCCGGAUAGUGAAAAUUACCAAGAGCCAGGAGUACUGCCAUCACAAAUAAUCAAAAUUGAAAUACAAGGAGACACAUCUGCAGAUAAGUGUGAAAAAGGAAGAUAUGAGGAAAACCAGUCUUACAAUUUGAGAGAAAAAUCCAUUCUUGAAUGCACAGAAAUGGAUAAUUUCCUGACCCAACAGGAUUGUAAAGAAAGCAGAAUGGGAAAGUGUCAAAGAAAUGAUGAAAUACUUCAAGCAAAACCCAACUUCAGUAACCAGUGCAAAACUGGAAAGAGUUUCCGCAAUAACAGUAACAUUAUUCCCCAUAAAAUGAUCCAUACAAGGGAGAAGCCCUAUAAGUGUGUGGACUGUGGAAAGAGUUUUAGGUGGAGAGGUAAUCUAACUACCCAUAUGAAGAUCCAUUCACGGGAAAAACCCUAUAAAUGCACAGAGUGUGGGAAAAACUUCACCAUGAACAGUUCCCUUACUUCUCAUAAAAGGAUCCAUACAGGGGAGAAACCGUUUCAAUGCACAGUUUGUGGAAAGAGCUUCAGUUUGAACAGGUGCCUUGUUUCUCAUAAAAGGACCCAUUUAGGAUUGAGACUUUAUAUAUGCAAUCAAUGUGGGAAAAGUUUUAUUUUAAGCAGUUCCCUUACUAAUCACAUUGGUACCCAUACCAGAGAGAAACUAUAUCACUGUACUGACUGUGGGAAAAGCUUCAGGUGGAAAAGUCACCUCACUUCCCAUGAAAGGAUGCAUACAGGGGAAAAACCAUAUGAAUGCAAGGACUGUGGAAAAAGCUUCAGUAUGAACAGUUCUCUAACUUCUCAUAAAAAGAUCCAUACGGGAGAGAAGCCCUAUCAAUGCAUAUUAUGCGGGAAGAGCUUCAGGUUGAAAGGUCAUCUUACUUCCCAUAAAAGGAUGCACACAGGAGAAAAACCAUAUCAGUGCAUGGACUGUGGAAAGAGCUUCAGUAUGAGUAGUUCUCUUACUUCUCAUAAAAGGAUCCAUACAGGAGAGAAACCUUACCAAUGCUUGGAAUGUGGGAAGAGCUUCAGCAAAAGCAGUAUUCUUAAUUCCCAUAAAAGGAUCCACACAGGAGAAAAACCUUAUAAAUGCCUGGAUUGUGGAAAGAGCUUUAACAACAGGAAUCACCUCACCUCUCAUAAAAGGGUCCAUACAGGAGAGAAACCCUUUAAGUGCACAGAGUGCGGAAAGAGCUUCAGUUAUAGUGAUUCCCUUACUUCUCAUAAAAGGAUCCAUACAGGAGAGAAACCCUACAAGUGCAUGGAGUGUGGAAAGUCCUUUAUUCAGAGCAGUCACCUUACUUCCCAUAACAGAAUGCACACCGGGGAGAAACCAUAUAAAUGCAUGGAGUGUGGAAGGAGCUUCAGCAGCAGCAGUUCCCUUAUUUGCCAUAAAAGAAUCCAUUCAGGGUUGAAACCUUAUAUAUGCAAGGAAUGUGGGAAGAGUUUUAUUUCAAGCAGCUCCCUUACUAAUCACAUUAGCAUCCACAUAGCUGAGAAACUGUAUCAAUGUACAGAGUGUGUGAAAAGCUUCAGGUGGAAAAGUCAACUUAUUUCCCAUAAGAGAAUACAUACAGGGGAAAAACCCUAUCAGUGCAUGGAUUGUGGGAAAAGUUUCAGUCUGAACAGUUCCCUUACUUCUCAUAAAAGGAUCCAUACGGGAGAGAAACCAUAUAAAUGCAUAGAGUGUGGGAAGAGCUUCAGCAAAAGCUGUAACCUUACUUCCCAUAUAAGGAUCCACACAGGAGAGAAACCCUAUCAGUGUACAGAGUGUGGAAAAAGCUUCAGUUUGAACAGUUCUCUUACUUCUCAUAAAAGGAUCCAUACAGGAGAGAAAAAAAUAUACAUUAAUGAUGUGUGGAAAGAACUUAAUGUGGAACAAUCAACUUAUUUUCUGGUGCUGCUGGAAGCUGGCUUCACGCUCAGCCAGAUAGAGAAACGUUGGGAAGGAAUUUUAUGGAUCCACGAGAUCUCUUGGCCCCCAUUUGGACUUGUGUUGAAGAACAAAACAAAACAAAAAAUGGAGUCAAAACACCGAGCAGCUGAGAAAACUGGAAAAAGGAGCCAUCGGGGGACCUGGGCACGAACUGGGCAGAAGACCCUGAAGGAGGAAGCCAUCACUUCAGAGAUCCAGCGCUGGCACUUCAGGAAUGUCCACUACCAGGAAGCCAAAGGGCCGCGAGAACUUUGCAGCCAUCUCCAUCACCUUUGCCAUCGGUGGCUGAAGCCAGAAAGACACACCAAGGCCCAGAUGUUGGAUCUGGUACUUCUGGAGCAGUUCCUGGCUCUCCUGCCUUUAGAGAUGGAGGGCUGGGUGCGGGAGUGUGGAGCAGAGACCAGUUCCCAGGCGGUGGCCCUGGCAGAAGGCUUCCUCCUGAGCCAGGCGGAGGAGCAGAAGGAGCAGGGAGAGCAGCAGAUUCUGGAGAUGAUCACUGAACAUCCCAUGAGAAGGAAAGGCCUGUCCGAUCCCCCUCAGGAGCUCCUUCCCACGGUCACCUUCCAGAAAGACCAAAGUUGGGACACCCCUCGUGGGAACAAAAUGAUGUCGCUGGUCUUUGUAGGGGCAUCUCCUUAUUCUGCUGGCGCUGAGAGAGCAGCUGGAUCUCCAGCUCAGGGUCUUGUGUCCUUCGAGGAGGUAGCUGUGGAUUUCUCUGAGGAGGAGUGGGCUCAUCUGGAUCCUCACCAAAAGGCUCUUCAUGGAGAAGUCAUGCUGGAAAACUCCAGGAAUGUGGCCUCGCUGGGAACUCCGAGGACUUUUCCCCAUACUCCACGGAAACGAACAACCACAGGCGGCAAGCCAUAUAAAUGCUUGGACUGCGGGAAGAUCUUCAGCAAGAGCAGCAAUCUGACUUCCCACAAAAGAAUCCACACGGGGGAGAAGCCAUAUACAUGCCUGGACUGCGGGAAGCGCUUCAGUCGGAGCAGUAGCUUCUCGGCACAUAAAAGGAUCCACACCGGAGAGAAACCUUAUGAGUGCACGGAGUGCGGCAAGCGAUUCAGUGAGAGCAGUCAUCUCAUCGCACACAAAAGGAUCCACACGGGAGAAAAACCAUAUGAGUGCAUCGAAUGCGGGAAGAGCUUCAGUCAGAGCAGCAGCUUCGCGGCACAUAGGAGGAUCCACACAGGGGAGAAACCCUACAAAUGCGUGGAGUGCGGGAAGAGCUUCAAUACCAGUACGCACCUGACGUCUCACAAAAGGAUCCACACAGGAGAAAAACCCUACAAAUGCACGGAGUGCGGGAAGUGCUUCAGUGAAAAUGGAGCUCUGACGUCGCACAAGAGGAUCCACACGGGGGAGAAACCGUACAAAUGCACGGAGUGUGGAAAGUGCUUCAGUCAGAGCAGUUCCUUUACGCUUCAUAAAAAGAGGCAUAAAGGAGAGACGCCGUAUAUAUGCAUCAAGUGGUGAAAAAAAAAGUUCCCGUUCUUUCCCGUAAAAGGGUCCACAAAGGAGAAGAAAUGGCUUGAAUGCAUGGAGUUGGGAAAACUAAAUCCGUCUUUUUGCGAAACACCUACCAACCUCAAAAAUAACCCCAGUAACUUUUUUCUGGUGGAGAGCGAUAAUUGGGGUGUGGUAAAGCCGAAUAACAAAAAAAAAAUAAAAAAUAAGCGGGAUCAAGUGAAAUAAAUUAAAUUUGACAUUCUGUCUGUGGCAGGGGUGUUAAACUCGCUGUCUGUUUAACAUCACGCAGUGCGCCCCCCCCCCCUUUUAGCAAAGGAGGAAAAAGUUGCAAUACGUCAUGUGACGACAAUGUAUCAUCAUGAGUGUUGUGCCUCGUCCGCUUUCCCCGCAGCCGGGGCCUUCUUAUCUGCUUCCGAACGCUGAGGAAUGUCCUAGCAUGCCUCCCGGCCCCAGCCCUGGCUCCAUGCCCAGACAGGCUGAGGAAGAAGAAGCGCCCUGGCUCCAUGCCCAGGCAAACGGACAACUAGACCCCUCCCCCUCCCCCACAGCAUGUGAGCCUGAGGAAGGUCAA